AUGGAUGAAUUUAAUGCUGCCAAUAUCAAAAGGAAUAUCAAAUGGUUGUCUGAAAAAAUACAUGUUGCGGGUACCAAAGAAAAUGCCGAACUUAUGCGAAAAAUUGCUGACAAGUAUCACAGGUAUGGAUAUGAUGUGAAAACUUAUAGUUAUAAUGUUUUAUUAAAUUAUCCAAAUUAUGAAAAGCCAAAUCGAAUUGAAUUACAUAUGGGUAAUGAAAAAUGGCAAGAGCUUAGUAAUGGCCUUGCUGAACGACUUGGCCCAAAUGAACAAGAAGAUCCGCGUGCAUUGGUUUAUUGGGCUGCUUAUUCCGAAAAUGGUACAGUAACUGGAUCAGUAGUUUAUGUUAAUUAUGGAACUGUUAAUGAUUAUAAACGAUUAGAUAAGUAUGAAAUUUCGUUGAAAGGUAAAAUAGCAUUAUGUCGUUAUGGUGGGAUAUUUCGUGGUGAUAAGGUGCAACUUGCUGUUAAACAUGGCGCUAUUGGGAUGAUUUUAUACAGUGAUCCAUUUGAUUAUACAAAUGGAAGAAAUGAUAUGAAGGUAUUUCCAAAUGAAAUUUGGUUACCAGAAUCAGGUGCACAACGUGGAACAUUGCUAAAAACGGAUGGUGAUCCGGAAACACCACUGUUACCAUCAAAAUACUACACUUAUCGUACGGAAACGGAGGAAAAUUUACGCGAACGGCAAGUAAUGCCAUCAAUUCCGGUUAUGCCUAUUGGUUAUCGUGAUGCUCGAAAAAUAAUGGAAAAUCUUAGUGGACCACAAGUUAAGUUUCAUAGCUGGAUUGGAUCUAUGAACGUAACAUAUCGUAUUACCGGAUCAGCAAUAUUCCGUAUUACCGUACAUUCCGCUUGUACACGUCGUAUCAUUACAAAUAUUGUAGCAACGAUGUUUGGACGCGAGGAACCGGAUCGUUAUGUGCUCUUUAGUAAUCAUUAUGAUGCAUGGGUUAAGGGUACAGUUGAUCCAAUUUCCGCCACAGGUACUAUGCUUGAGAUGGCACGAGUGUUGUCAAAAAUGAAUGAAUCAAUAAAAUGGCGUCCACGACGUACAAUAAUGUUUUGUUUAUGGGAUGCUGAAGAAUUCGGACUUAUCGGAAGUACGGAAUGGGUAGAAGAAUUUAUGAAACCACUUCAACAACGUGCAGUUGCAGUAAUUAACGUUGACAAUAUCAAUGGUGACACAUCACUCUCUGUUAAAGCUGUCCCAUUGCUUUAUCGUGUUAUUGUCAACGCAGCUGCUAAAAUCGAAAGUCCGAAUAGAUUGGAGCGAGAGGCAGAACGACUGACAUUACUGGAUUCGUGGAAAUUUUAUGCUCCGAAAGGACCGAUUACUGGUGAUCGAUCAAUUCCCGGCAUUGCAGUACCAGGAACUGGAUCUGAUUUUCAGCGAUUUAUAACUUAUUUGGGUAUACCAGUGAUUGAUAUGAAACUGGAAAGUGCCCCAUCAUAUAAUUAUAUGCUUUAUCAUACAAUGUAUGAAAUUCCUUGGUUAUUGGAUAAUUUUAUUGAUCAAAAUUAUACCGCACUAAUGGCUGUGGGACAAUUAUGGCUCGAAAUUGGACGAGACAUCGCGGAUAGUUUAAUAAUUCCAUUUAAUUUACACGAUUAUGGUUUGGUAUUGUCUGAUUUUAUUGAUCGAAUGGAUCAACAAUUGGAACAUAUCGGAAUUCCAAAAGCCAUUGGUGUAAAAACAUAUCACCUGAUAUUAAAUAAUUUACGAGAAGCAUUAACACGAUUUCAGGUUGUUGCGAAUGUAAUGCAGGAAAUUGCUCAGUCUGUCAAUACGGGUCAUGAAUCGGUAAGUAUUAAACAAGCAGAAAUGUUGAAUAACCGGAUGCAAUAUAUUGAGCAAGCAUUUAUUGCUGAACAGGGCAUAUAUCCGGAACGAGCUGAAUUUCGUCAUUUGAUCUUUACCAGUAAUAGUAUCCAUAAUGAUUAUGGAAAUUUACUAUUUGGGGAGAUUUUGGAUCCAGCAUUGCAAUGGCAUAAUGCUUUAGUUACGGGUAAUUUAAAUAAAACAAAUUAUUGGUUAAAAAUGAUGAAAACUGGAUUUGCUAAACUACAUUAUGGUAUCGAAUCAGCUAUUUUGGUAUUGGAUAUGGAUGGAUAUUAUAAUUAA